CUGACAGUUGUAUUGUUGGACUGGGCUUCCUGUGUUAUUAUCAAAUCGCGGGCUCAACUGUAACAAAAUACCAUAGCAACCAGCCGACCAAUCAGCGGCUUGUUUCCGGUUGCUAGCCUUUAACGUGURCAAUAGAGACAUAACAAACGAUCAAUGCUUCGAAAUGGCUCUUCGAUAUUUACUCCAAAACUAGCCCAAAAAUUGAAUCGAUCUCUCAAAACCAUUCACCAUGACCAUAAAGGAACUUGUUGGAGAAAUGAGCGGUAGUGAAGGCGAGCUCAGCGAUGCUGGAGAGAGUGACUGUGAAGCAGAAAGCGCAGGAGAUACUUUCAGUUCUUCAAGGACGCGUGUUUCUGAACAAACAGUUGAAACUCCAACUUCUCUAAAGAAGAUAAAGCCCAAAAAGAAGAAGAAGAGGUAUGGGAACUUUACUUUGUUGUGCUUAGUAUCUAAGGGAUUCAUUAAUAACUUUUUUUUUCGGUUCUGUAUUUUUAGAUGGCUGAGCGUCUGUCUUACCAACUGUAAAUACGAUAGUGUCCGUCGUGUAACGAAAAGAUUUGGAAUGAAGGACGUUGGUGAGGAUGACGAUUGGUCGUUGUUUUGGACUGAUUGCUCAGUAGCUUUAGAACGUUGUAUGGAAAUGAAAAGAUAUCAAAAAAUCAACCAUUUUCCUGGGAUGAGUGAAAUUUGUCGGAAAGACUUAUUAGCAAGGAAUAUGAAUAGACUCUGGAAACAGUUCCCUAAAGAUUAUGCAGUUUUCCCGAAGACUUGGUGUCUGCCUGCUGACUAUGGUGAAUUCCAAGCAUAUUGUAGGCAGAAGAAGAAUAAAACAUUUAUAACAAAACCUGAAAGUGGGAGUCAAGGCAAAGGAAUUGUCAUUACUAAGAACCCUAAGGAUAUCAAACCAGGAGAACACUUAGUUUGUCAACAGUACAUAUCCAAACCUUUUCUUAUAGACGGAUUCAAAUUUGAUCUUCGAAUUUAUGUGUUGGUUACAUCUUGUGACCCACUGCGAAUAUUUGUAUAUGAAGAUGGCUUGGGUAGAUUUGCUACAAUGCCAUACACGGAACCACAGAAUAGUAACUUGGACGACAUUUGUAUGCACCUUACGAAUUAUGCCAUUAAUAAACACAGUAAAGAUUUCAUUAGGGAUGAAGAAACUGGAAGCAAAAGGAGAUUAACGACCGUUAACAAGUGGUUUGAAGAAAAUGGUUACGAUAUUAAAGAAAUUUGGGGACGCAUUGAGGAUGUUAUAAUUAAAACGCUGAUUACAGCUCAUCCCAUCCUCAAACACAACUACAGAACCUGUUUCCCCAACCACAACAAAGGCAGCGCCUGCUUUGAGAUCCUGGGUUUUGAUAUUUUAUUAGACAAAAAACUAAAGCCAUGGGUUAUUGAGGUCAACCAUUCGCCGAGUUUCACGACGGAUUCCCCUCUGGACAARGAGAUCAAAGAGGGUUUGAUGAUGGAUGCCUUGAAUCUCUUGAACUUCGGUGCCUGUGAUCGACGGAAAAUCAUUGACGAGGACAAGAGACRGGUUCGCGAUAGGUUGUUACAAAAACAAAAACCAAAAGAAAUAAAGCGCGAAGAAAGUGUCGAUUCUCAGGCACAGUACAACGAAUGGACAACAAAAUACGAAGAUAAAAACCUUGGAAAAUACCGACGAAUUUACCCGCAAGGCAAUGAAGAAAAAUAUGAAAAAUUCUUCGAAAACAGUUGUUCCUUAUUCCAGGAAACGGCGGCUUCGAAAGCAAGGACAGAAUGUGCAAGAGUUCAACGCGAGCAGAUUGCGGCUAAACAUGAGCUUGACGUUGCAAAACAGAACAAGAAAUCAUCUAAAAAGGAUACCGUGAGACCAGAGAGUCCUCAUGGGGGACGGUCAACGAGAAGGGUAUUUAAUAAAAAUCACCUCAGUAGAACUAAACCCAUUCAGGAUCUCCCCAAGCCCAGCAAUUCGACUUUCUUCCUCGACACCACCAAGCCCAUGGAGAUAACCGAGGAGGAAGAGCUAGAGAGAAUAACAUCGCUUCUACAACGAGACAACCUCAUACGAGGACUCGGCGUGGUGGAAUUUGUUUACAAACUUCUUCACUGUACCCCUGGUACUGGAGGCCCUCAGAAGAACUGUUAUCUUCAUGAUARGAAUUCAAAAGACGACGCGUCGAUAGCAAGAUCACUAGCUGACAGAGUCAUUUCAAAUCUCCAGGCUUCAUCGGCGCUAUCCUCUGCAGGAGCUGCCUCAGCGUAUUCAUCGACAAACUCCUACAACCGGAUGCUACCGUACCAAGCCCUACCGCUGUCCGCCACUGUCAAUCUGAACCCACACCAUCAGCAGCACCCGGCGAGCCGCGGUGAUCGGAGAUCCUUAGGAUCUUUCUAUGUGGGCUCAACUUCUGCUGGGAACACUGGGAGUAACUUUUCCCCCCUCGGUAUACCAAGGCAUCGACUCGUUCCUAGAAAACCCAUGAUCAAGUCAUCUAGUAGUGUUACAGACACCACAGAGUGGCGUUCGAAUGUUAACUUAGAGGAACCAAGACUCACUGGGUAUAAUCAGAUAUGCGAGACUCGAAGUGAUAGUCACCCAAGUUCAGGGGAGAAGGGAAGGACGUACAGUGCCUCAGCAGCCAAGCCUCCGCACGACACGCCGCCCAACGCAGCACGAGCGAACCCACGGAUAACCAUGGCAACGAGUUCUGGGAGUACCAUAGCAAGCCCAGCAGGGAUUAAUUCGCCGUACAACAUAACGCAGCAGUAUGCCUGUACGGUUCAUCCAUUCCCUAACGUGGUUAAAGUCGCCCAGCAACCGCAGUCCAUGGGACUGUCUGUGAUAUCGGGGCCUGCGCCUGUUGUUCAUAGACCCGACGGCAGCGGGACACCCGGGGAUACUGGACCGCGGAUUAGGAGACCAAGCAAUCCCCUAACGAAUCCGGCAAGGGCGACAAAAGUUCAAAGAGCAAGAGAGACGCCCAAUACUCUAAGAGUUAAGCAUUUACACGAAAACCAUGCAGUUGCAUAGCCUUGACACGUGACUACCUUAAACCAAUAAGAUGAUACAAUCAGUCGAUGAUGUCAUGGCGCUCCUGUAGUAACGCCGCCAUCUUGAAAAUAAGAAGUUUAAAAUGCAUGUCUAGAAAUCUAAAAUUGUAAAAAAUAAUUCAGGAGUGAAGAAAUUCUUUGGCUAGGAAAUGUAGUUAGAAUUACCAAAUUGAAUAGCAAAAUUUGUAAAUAUUUUUUUCAAAUUACACGAUAUUUKUUAGUAUUUAUUGUGUAAGUUGUAAAAAUCAAUUACAGUAAGUGUACAUAUGUACAAAUUCUUGAAAACGAUGAAUUACAAAAAAUAGCAGAAAUUUGAUCAAUGAUUGACAAGAUGUUUAUGGAAAAAUUUUACAGGAUGCAAGAAAAACUCAUCGAAAAUUAUUUUCGACUUGAUUUGAAAAUAAAAUAUUUUAUACCAAUAAA